AACAAACUAGAUGUCCACAACUUUCCGCUGCAAAGGAGCGGACGUCGGUGUUAUGUUUCGUAGAGUGGAAGAAGAAUGAGUCAUUUUAUGUUCUUAUUUAAUCGUACGUGUACAGCACAUAUUCGUGUUGAGCGGUAUUGAGUGGAUUUAUAGUGUUUAGUGCGGAACCUCUCACAGAAGACAGGAUCUGAUGCAGAAAGAGCCGAAGUCAUCUGCUGAUGCGGGGCCGAGCGCGGGUGCCGCUCCGGAGGCUGCGGACUCGGCCCUGCCGCAAGACUCCGCUGGAAAACACGCCGUGUCUGUUCUCUGGUCAUUUGGAAAGUGCCUCGGCGCCUUACUGCCGGUCUACCUGGCUGGAUAUUUCGGAUUCAGUAUCAGUGUAGUUUUGCUUGGUCUCCUGGUUUAUAUGAGAUGGAAACACAGUCGCGAUGGAAAACAAGCGCGACUGCAAAGCGCGAUGUAUUUGUUGGAGAAUGAGCAGGAUGUCACCACUACACGGGUGUUUAGAAGUAAACGGGAAUUACCGGCAUGGGUGAACUUUCCUGAUGUGGAAAAGGUUGAGUGGAUGAACAAGAUAUUGCAGCAGGCCUGGCCGUUUAUUGGACAGUAUCUAGAGAAGCUGCUGGUGGAGACUAUUGCCCCUUCGAUCCGAGCCGCCAGCGCUCACCUGCAAACUCUCAGCUUCACCAAAGUUGACUUGGGCGACAGGGCUAUGAAGGUAGUUGGGGUGAAGGCCUACACUGAGCAUGAUAAGCGUCAGGUGAUACUGGAUCUUUAUAUCAGUUAUGCUGGAGAUGUGGAGAUUAACGUUGAGGUGAAGAAGUACUUCUGUAAAGCUGGAGUGAAAGGCGUUCAGCUCCAUGGAAGAUUGAGGGUGAUCUUGGAACCUCUAAUUGGAGAUGUUCCUCUCGUUGGAGCCAUCACCAUGUUCUUCAUUCGCAGACCUAAACUCGACAUCAACUGGACUGGCUUGACCAAUUUACUAGACAUACCUGGUUUGAAUGCCAUGACGGACACUAUGAUAAUGGAUGCACUCGCCUCUUUCCUGGUUCUCCCCAAUCGUCUCACUGUGCCUUUGGUGGCCAAUCUGCACGUAGCACAGCUGCGUUCCCCUCUCCCACGGGGUAUAGUGCGUAUCCACUUGCUGGAAGCAGAAAACCUUGCUGCCAAGGAUAACUACAUGAAAGGCGUGAUAUCUGGGAAGUCUGACCCGUAUGCAGUGCUACGGGUGGGCACGCAGACCUUCACCUCCCACCACGUCGACAACAACCUUAAUCCUCAAUGGAGGGAGAUGUACGAGGUGAUUGUUCAUGAAGUACCUGGUCAGGAGCUGGAGCUGGAGGUGUUUGAUAAAGAUCCUGACCAGGAUGACUUUCUUGGAAGAAUGAAGCUGGAUUUAGGUAUUGUAAAGAAAGCAGUCCUUUUGGAUGAGUGGUACACUUUAAAGGAUGUGCCAUCAGGUCAGGUUCAUCUCAAGCUAGAAUGGCUCUCUCUGUUGCCCUCUGCAGAGCGCCUUAACGAAGUGCUGGAGAGGAAUAAAAACAUUACGGUAUAUGGUAAGACAGCAGAUCCUCCUUCUGCUGCCGUUUUGACUGUUUAUCUGGACCGGGCACAAGAUCUACCUUUCAAGAAAGGCAAUAAGGAUCCCAGCCCCAUGGUGCAGAUUUCUGUGCAGGAUACCACCAAAGAGAGCAGGACGGUGUAUGGAACUAAUAAUCCAGUAUGGGAGGAUGCCUUUACAUUUUUUAUUCAGGACCCAAGCAAACAAGAUAUCGACAUCCAGGUGAAGGAUGAUGACAGGGCUUUGACUCUGGGCGGUUUGUCCAUCCCUCUGUCCCGUCUGCUCUCCAGCGCUGAGCUCAGCAUGGAUCAGUGGUUUCAGCUAGAAAAGUCCGGACCGGCCAGCCGUAUCUACAUCACAGCUAUGCUGAGGGUGUUGUGGCUGAAUGAAGAAGCCAUCCUUACAACACCUGUGUCUCCAUUACCCGGAGAAGGAGAUGAUGAAUCAGAACUGUCUCCAGGGCUGUCAAAAUUGACUCCCACUUCAAAACGUCCUGAGCACUCUAGCCCAGAUGGCAAUUUUGCAUCUGAGGGUGUUUUGCGGAUUCACCUGGUAGAAGCCCAGAGUCUUGUCGCUAAGGACAAUUUAAUGGGUGGCAUGGUGAAGGGAAAGAGUGACCCGUAUGUGAAAAUCCGGGUGGGAGGACUGGCCUUCAAGAGUCAGGUCAUCAAAGAGAACCUCAACCCCAUCUGGAAUGAACUGUAUGAGGUGAUCUUGACCCAGCUCCCAGGUCAGGAGGUGGAGUUUGACCUUUAUGAUAAAGACAUCGAUCAGGAUGACUUCCUUGGCAGGGUUAAAGUGAGUCUCAGAGAUCUCAUCAGUGCUCAGUUUACUGAUCAGUGGUAUACUCUGAAUGAUGUGAAGUCUGGACGACUUCAUCUUGUGUUGGAAUGGGUGCCUAAAGUUUCAGAUUCCACUAGACUUGAACAGAUCCUACAUUACAACUAUCAGCAAUCUUACCUCAAUAAAAUUGUUCCUUCUGCUGCACUGCUUUUUGUGUACAUUGAGAGAGCACAUGGUCUGCCUUUAAAAAAGAGCGGGAAAGAGCCGAAAGCAGGAGCAGAAGUGUCGCUUAAAAAUUUAUCCCACCGGACCAAAGUAAGACCCUCACAUCCUGAUGCAUUUAUGUUGAUGUUAUUCAAAUAUCAAAGACUCACAAAAGAAUCAUGUUUCUCUCACAAGGUUGUCAAUCGCUCGACUUCUCCACAGUGGGAUGAAGCUUUUCAUUUCCUGAUGCAUAAUCCAUCAGAAGACACACUUAUAGUCAAACUCACUCACAGCUGGGGUCAGGCUCUGGGGUCACUUGUGCUUCCUGUGAGGGAGCUGCUGGAUGAGAAGGAUCUGGUGCUGGACCGCUGGUUCAGUCUGGAUGGAGCCAUGCCUGAAAGUCAGAUUCUGCUGAGAGCUGAACUCAAGCUCCUAGACAGCAAGUUGGCUCAAUGUAGCGAUGCAGAGGAUUCAAGUCAUGUCAUACCCAGUGGAGACACAGCUGCUGCAGCCAAUUUUGAGCUCCGACACAGAAGCGUGCCCGUCCAAGGAGGCGAGGAUGCCAGUUCAACCAGGAAGGCCCAGGUGAAACUCUCUGUUGCCUAUUUAUCUGAGAAGAACCGAUUGGUUAUUACCAUCCAUGCCUGCAGGAACUUGCCGUCCUUCUCUAAGGAUCCUCCAGAUACUUAUAUCUCAUUUAUUCUACUUCCGGACAAGAACCGGAACACCAAAAGGAAGACCAGUGUUAAGAAGAAAAGUCUCAAACCUGAGUUCAAUGAGAGAUUUGAUUUUGACAUGACACUUGAAGAAGCUAAGCAGAAACAUCUUGAAGUGUCUGUCAAGAACAGCGUUUCCUUCAUGAGUCGUGAAAAAGAACUUCUUGGCAAGCUUCAGCUAGACUUGUGUCAGCUGGAUCUCAAGACAGGAGUAUCACAGUGGUAUGACUUGUCACAUGAGACCAACUGACUGGCCUUCCCAUGUUGACUUUAUUUGCAGUCGUUUAGAGUGGAGGCCGAUUUCACGGAUGUUACUUAUCCUGAAACUAGCAGGGAGUCCUAGAGCAGUGUGUCAGGACUAAGAUUGCAUCAUGGAAUUGCUGUGCAACUAGCUUUCACCCAAAAUAUAGCCUGCUUGAUUUCCAUCUUAAACAAAUAAUGUUAGCACAAGAAGGCUAUGAGGGCGCCACCUAGAGCCAAUAUGACAACAUGUUGGAGAAAUGUUACCUUUUUAAGUAUUUUAAUUUGUAGCUUCUGCUUUUUAUGAGCACCUGCACUUUAUGGGUAAUGCAGCAAUGAGAAGUUGGAGCUUCUGUUCAGCUUUUCAGUGUUUAUUGAAAAAAAAGAAAACA